UUCCCUAACCCCUAUUUCUCAUUUCUGACUUAUUCCCCCUAAAACCCCCAGCUUUUUCAAUCUUCAAGAUUACCAACUAAAUUCAGAGGGGAAAAUGAUGGCCUCCUUGGCCUUCCCAGGAGGUCUUGUAGCUCAACCAAAUCCUUGUUUUCCAUUUUCUUCCCCCACAAACCGCUUCUUGAUUAGGUGUAAUGUGGCAGAGCCAUUGAAAUUUAAGGACAAUGGAAAACCAGUGAUGCCUCUUGCCAACGGGGAGCAAACUGCAUCCUUUCCAAGUUUUUUAACUUCCACUCAUAUUGAAAGAAUCCCAGUUCAGAAAAGUGAUACCAGGCUCAAGAUCUUCUCUGGGACUGCCAAUCCUUUACUUGCUCAGGAAAUUGCUUGCUACAUGGGUCUCGAGCUCGGAAAAAUUAGGAUAAAACGUUUUGCUGAUGGCGAGAUUUAUGUUCAAUUACAAGACAGUGUCAGAGGAUGCGAUGUAUAUCUUGUGCAACCAACCUGUCCUCCAGCAAAUGAAAAUCUCAUGGAGCUCUUGAUAAUGAUUGAUGCUUGUCGGAGGGCUUCUGCAAAAACCAUAACUGCUGUGAUCCCUUAUUUUGGUUAUGCCAGGGCUGACCGUAAGAGUCAAGGGCGUGAAUCAAUUGCAGCCAAACUUGUUGCAAAUCUGAUUACUGAAGCAGGUGCAGACCGUGUUCUUGCUUGCGAUCUUCAUUCUGGGCAAUCAAUGGGCUACUUCGACAUACCUAUUGACCACGUCCAUGGGCAGCCUGUCAUACUUGAUUACCUUGCCAGCAAGACAAAAUGUACAGAUGAUCUGGUUGUGGUAUCACCAGAUGUUGGGGGGGUAGCAAGGGCAAGAGCUUUUGCCAAAAAACUCUCCGAUGCACCCCUUGCUAUUGUUGAUAAAAGGCGUCAAGGACACAAUGUAGCUGAGGUGUUGAAUUUGAUCGGUGAUGUAAAGGGAAAAGUAGCAGUUAUGGUGGAUGACAUGAUAGAUACUGCUGGCACCAUUGCAAAAGGUGCAGCACUAUUACAUCAAGAGGGAGCUAGGGAAGUUUAUGCAUGCUGCACCCAUGCUGUUUUCAGUCCUCCUGCAAUAGAAAGGUUGUCAAAUGGAUUGUUCCAAGAGGUGAUCGUAACAAACACCAUCCCUUUAGCAGAGCAGAACUAUUUUCCCCAGCUUACGGUUCUAUCUGUUGCAAACCUUUUGGGUGAGACCAUUUGGCGCGUUCAUGAUGAUUGUUCUGGAAGCUUUGAACCCUAUUCCAGCUUGGGCAUCGAUUGAUCAGUUUCGAGUGAGCUUUUUUUUUUUUUUCCGGUUUUGAGAUUGUGUGAAGUACAGCUUCUGGCCUGGAAGCAAUGCUGUGGAUAAAAUUUUCAGUCUUUAGUAGCAUCCAGCAUUUCAUUUUUCCUAAAAUUGUCUGGACUUUGUCACCCCUGUUGUAUGAUAUUUCUUAUGUACCUCAUCUGUGGUGUAGAAUAGUUAUUGCCAAAUGUAAAUCUUGUAACUGAGAAUGACUUGAUGCCAGUAUAUAUAAAUAAUUUGGGAGCUUUGGUCA